AUGGCGGAAUACGACCUCACUCAAAAACUCAUCCCACAUCUGGAUAGACAUCUCGCCAUUCCUCUUCUCAAUCAUCUGGUAGACGCUGGUAUCUUCCCACAGGAGAAGUUGGCAAAGGCGCAGUAUGACCUGGUGAAGGGUACCAACAUGGUGGAUUAUGUUUCUCAACUGUAUGAUUUGGUCAAGGAUCAGUCUCCCGCCCCUGAGGCUCGUGCUCUUCGUAGUCAAGCGACACAACGAUAUCAAGACCUUCAGGAAAGAGUACAACCUGUGAUGAAAGUGAUUGAAGAUCCUGACGCCGUCGCCAAAUUACGUUCCGGUCUUGAUAAAGAGAAAAACCUCGAAUUACUAAGUAACGAUUAUGACAUCUCCCUUGAUCAAAUCAAUCAACUGUAUCAUUUCGGUCAAUAUCAAUAUUCUGUUGGACAAUAUUCCGACGCUGCCAGUUUCUUAUAUCACUUUCUCAUCUUUUCCCCGAAUCACGAACUCAACAUUUCCGCUCAUUGGGGUAAACUCGCUUGCAACAUCCUAGGAGGAGAAUUUGAAGCUGCCGCUAGUGAAGUGAAAGAUUUACGUGAUAUCAUCGAUAAUCCUCAUGGAACUAAAUUGGCGAAACCAUUGAAUCAACUUCAAGCUAGGACAUGGUUACUUCAUUGGAGUUUGUUCGUAUUUUUCAACCUCGAAGGUGAUGGAACGGGUUGUCAAGCUCUCCUCGAUAUGUUUUUAGCUCCUGCUUAUUUGAACACUAUACAAACUUCUUGUCCUCAUCUUUUGAGGUAUUUAGUGGCGGCCGCUAUAAUCUCUCGAAGAGCUCCAAAACCCGUUGGGGUGAAAGGGAAUAGAGAUCAUGUGAGGGAAUUGACGAAAAUCGUUCAGAUGGAGGAAUAUCAAUAUACCGAUCCAGUCACUAGAUUCCUCAAAGAUUUAUUCACGGAUUUCGACUUCGCCAAAGCUCAGGAUAGGUUGACAAUAGCGGAGAAUGUUGUGAGGGCGGAUUUCUUCUUGAGUGGAUUUGCGGAUGAUUUCGUUGAGAAUGCUAGAUGGUUGGUCAGUGAAGUGUUUUGCAGGGUACAUCAGAGAAUUGAUAUUGGUGAUUUGAGUAGGACGUUGAAUAUGUCAAAUGAGGAAGGUGAAAGAUGGAUCGUGAAUCUCAUCAGGGAUUCGAGAAUCGGCGUUGAGGCGAAGAUUGAUUUGAAAUCGAACAUGCUCCACAUAAGUCGACCAUACACCACCCCCACCGCCUAUUUGAUCGAAACCACCAGGGGAUUGACAUUCCGGUCUCAAGCUAUCAACAUGGCCAUGGCCAGUCCUGAUCAACAACGGUCUGGAGAAAGAGGUGAGAGAGGAAAUCGGGGUGGUAGAUCUGGACGUGGAGGGACCAGGACAGGGGGUGGAGUAGGGGUCAGACCCGCGGUCACGGCCACGACGGCGGCGACGGAGACGGAAGUUGCGGCGUAG